GCUUACAGCUGACGACAGGAACACGCUUGGCUUUUCCGCUGGGCAGCAUACCAAAUUCUCCGCAUGGAAGGCAUGAACCUGACGAUGACACACGCUCUUCAUUGACGUGAUUCGCACGGACCACCUCGUGGGACCGACGCCGCUGUCCUUCCUCGUCAAGCGGGUAUACCCUUUGCGACACGAGCUCGCUGAGAAGUGCUGGGACGGUGGCAUACCCGUCUUCGCCCCCAAUCGCGAGGAGUGUAGCGCGAUCCAGGCGCGCGGCGGGCAGGGUCUUGCGCUCCUCGCAUUUCGUGUCCUGUGCCCAAACGACACGGCUCUCGUCUGGUUCCAGCGUUUCAAGAUUGAGGAGCGUGAGCCUGCGGCGCACGACAUGCGAUUGGAGGAGGUGGUACGAGCUCGUGAAAAUGGUCGCGAACUGUGAGCUGCCGGAAAAAGCAGUGCGCCAGUUCAUCUCUGUGGAAGCUCUGCGCAAUUCGGUACCCUUGGGGAACUUUGAAAAGGUCGAGCACCACGAUCUGCCACCUCCCAAGCCAGAUGCGGUCAAGUCCAGGCGUAGGCGCAAGUAGACGGAAAAACGCCAAAAGAGGUCCCCGCGUCUCAGCUGCGUCAUGCGUUCCGGACGCAACGAUGUAUAAAUGUGUUCGCGAACUUUGUGACAGGGAGUGGGUUUAGAUACUUAUGUUCAAUGGCUAUGCUGAAUACUCCAUUGAGGAUGUCGGCGAAGGUGCAGGCCGCGAUCCCCGUCCGUCAAUCCGAGAGCACGACAACAGUCACGGAGACAACUUGUUGGAUUGAAGUGCAUGAUUUCGAUACGGACUGUGGAC